UCUCCCUGAUUGCUUGUGUUUCUGGAAAGUCGGCCAAUCACAGUCGUGGGAGAACUGUCUUGUGGAAACAGAAGCACAUGAGAGACCCUGGAGUUCUACACAGGGAUUGGACCUGGAACACUUUAGAUCUUGAUAAACAAGUUGGACUCCCUCUAAGGAUUCCAGAGCCUAUAGAAUGCUGCCCGUCAGUAACAGAGGUCAUCGAACCAAUGGGAGGAGUUUCCAGAUCUGGCCGAAUACUCGAGCUUUACCAUGACCAAAAUUCCACACAAAAAUUUUAUCAAACCUCCUGUGUAGAAGAGAUGAGAGGGCGUCCCUGUCGCUAUAUCUCACCUUCGCUGACGCAUCAUUCUCAUUGUGUUCAGAAGUAUAGUUUCACUUACGCUUUGGUUCGAGAGUAUGAUACAAAUACCACCUGGCGUUUAGAUUACAUCAGGAUCAGAAGCGGCUGUACUUGUGAGCUUAAGAACGUUGUUGUGUUACUGUAGCCUGAACCUCAGGUGAAACUGUUGACUUGUUGUGAUUAAAAUUAAAUACCUUUAGUAGCUUCAAAUUAUUCACCAUAAAGAUGUUACUUAUCUUGAGCACGUAGAAUACAAGUUCUUUGUAAACCUGAGAGGGAGACAAAUAUAUUUAAUAGACUCUUAUCAGUAACCAAACUUUGUAUCUCGUAUUGCUUGCGGGAAGGAAUGGAGAAAUAACAUUUAUUGUUACUUUUUUUUUCUACAA